AGGAGGAUGCGGCUGCCAUGGUAACGAGGGCUGUGUAUGGAGGACAGCAGCCAGUCGCAGGCAGCCACAGAAAGAUCUAUCCUUUUUUCCUCAUUCCACUUCCACUUUACCGAUAUAGAAAACGAUCUCCAGACCAGGCGUUUGAUCGCGCUCCUGUCCCUCCUGCCUGACGCUUCAAACGCUUCACCUCACAACACUCUCAUCAGACGCAGGAAACGCACGCAUCUCCAGGAUGGCAACCAUCACCUGCACGCGCUUCACAGAGGAAUACCAGCUUUUUGAGGAACUGGGAAAGGGAGCCUUUUCUGUGGUGCGGAGAUGUUUGAAAGUUCUCUCAGGGCAAGAGUAUGCUGCAAAGAUCAUCAACACAAAGAAGCUGUCUACUCGGGAUCACCAGAAGCUGGACAGGGAGGCUAGGAUCUGCAGACUGCUGAAGCACUCCAAUAUUGUGCGGCUGCAUGACAGCAUCUCAGAGGAAGGUCACCAUUACCUCAUCUUUGACUUAGUAACGGGUGGUGAGCUGUUUGAAGACAUUGUUGCCAGGGAAUAUUACAGUGAAGCAGAUGCCAGCCAUUGCAUCCAGCAGAUUUUGGAGGCAGUACUUCAUUGCCAUCAGAUGGGUGUUGUGCACAGAGACUUAAAGCCAGAGAACCUGCUUCUGGCUUCCAAAUCCAAAGGUGCAGCUGUGAAGUUAGCAGACUUCGGCCUUGCCAUUGAGGUUGAAGGGGAACAACAGGCUUGGUUUGGGUUUGCUGGCACUCCUGGUUACCUGUCCCCAGAAGUCUUACGGAAGGACCCCUAUGGAAAAGCUGUAGACCUGUGGGCAUGUGGUGUGAUUCUCUACAUCCUGCUGGUUGGAUACCCACCCUUUUGGGAUGAAGACCAGCAUAGACUCUAUCAGCAAAUUAAAGCUGGCGCCUACGAUUUUCCUUCACCCGAGUGGGACACAGUCACCCCUGAGGCGAAAGAUCUUAUUAAUAAGAUGCUGACCAUCAACCCAUCUAAACGCAUCACUGCUGCGGAGGCACUCAAGCACCCAUGGAUCUCACAUCGCUCCACUGUUGCGUCUUGCAUGCACAGACAGGAGACUGUCGAAUGCUUGAAGAAGUUCAACGCUAGAAGAAAGCUCAAGGGUGCUAUUCUCACUACUAUGCUGGUCACCAGAAACUUCUCAGGUAACUCUAAUAAUCUAUCUAAUCUAAUCUGCUUGAGUACAAAAAGGAAGUCCAGUUCCAGCACCCAGCUGAUGGAAUCGUCAGAGAGUACAAGCACCACAAUUGAGGAUGAGGAUACUAGAGUGAGGAAGCAAGAAAUCAUCAAAGUAACUGAGCAACUCAUUGAAGCCAUCAGCAAUGGAGAUUUUGAGAAUUACACGAAGAUGUGUGAUCCCAGUGUUACGGCGUUUGAGCCUGAGGCCCUGGGAAACCUGGUGGAGGGGCUGGAUUUCCAUCGCUUUUACUUUGAAAACUUGUGGUCGAAGAACAGCAAGCCGGUUCACACCACUAUCCUGAACCCUCAUAUCCACCUGAUCGGCGAGGAGGCUGCCUGCAUCGCCUACAUUCGUAUCACGCAGUAUCUCGACACAAACGGAAUGCCAUGCACUGCCCAGUCAGAGGAGACACGGAUCUGGCAUCGUAAAGACGGCAAGUGGCAGAUAGUCCACUUCCAUCGCUCAGGCUCUCCGUCUGCCAUCACUAAAUAAGAGAGUCAGUUGAAAAUACCAGAGUUGCAGGAUCACUGGCUUGAGGAUGUACAAGCUCCCAGCUUCUCAUCUCAUUCCUUGAACUUCAUUGGCCCUCUGCUUUACGGCGUCAUCACAUUCACAUCAGCAUUUAUUCUCAUUGCUCAGAACACUUCUUUAUGGAUAAACUAUGAUGAAGCCGCUGUUGCAACCCUGCUGCGUGGUAUCAAUGCUUUUGUUUUUAACAUCUUGAUUAUGUUUACAAAAUUAGCCACCAUGUUUUUGACCAUAAGUGCUACAUUUGCAGAUAUUUGACACAAAUGAGAUAUUUGGGACAACGGCUACAUUCCAAAAGAGAUCCUGUUUCCUAGGGGUUUCCACGGAUACCUAGAUUUUUUUCUCUCCCAACGGUUAGACAUUAACUAGUCUUUUAAUCUCUCUUAUACACCUGUAAUAAACUCGAAUGUAAUCUGAUUGAAAUGGAUGUUUAUAUUAUAUUUGAAAUAAAGUAGAACUGCUAGGUACGAAUAUAGUAAUGACUUACACAGCUUGUCCUCCACUGCCCGAUUUCCAGACAAUCGCCAUUGAACAUUUUCUACCGAGUUUAGUGAAGCACAUUGAACAGCAGUGAAUUUCAGUAUACGUUUAGCCCUUGAAAUCAAAGCUGCAUCUAUGGCACAAAAAACACACACACAAUCUAUUGAACCCACAUGAUCCGCAAUGCUAGAACAGAUGGAUCAAGGGGGCUGAGCAACCCACUCAACGAACUGUUGCUUAAAGUUAAAGCCGGUGCUGAUGGUGGCAGUGGAACAGUAAAUGCAUGCGAGAGCUUGAUAUUUCUUUCUGCCGUACAGGGUUUUGAGAUCCGGGUCUGGUGUGGUGUGCUCAGAGCACUUUGAUAAAGUUCUUCCAGUAGAGCUGGUGUAUUUGUUCUUCCUUUUGUAUUUAGGAUUCAGGGAUUUUUUCUUUUUGUUGCAAAAGGAAGUCUCUUGAAAAAGCUCUUGAGGGUGUGUUUGAUGUCUGGGCUUAACUUCUAUUCAAAUUCAAUGGAAGCGUGUUGCUGGAGAGAGAGCUUUCAAUAAUCAGUGUUGACGUGUUUAUCUACUGAUGUCUUUUUAAGAUGCUCUAUUUGCUUGAUCAGUCUUACUGUGACGGUCAACCAAUGUACAUUCAUAUUAACGCGAACAAUCAAAGUUAUUCAAACGAGAAAGUGGACACUGCUAACUCUAUAUAGUGAUGCUCAAAAAGACCUAGCAUUUGAACUUGUUGAUAUUGUAUUCAGACUAUUGCUGGUGAAUAUCUGUUAUCUGCAGAGUGACUGCUAUUCAGAUCCAUCUCUGUCUUAUCUAAACAUUUGUAAGGUAUAUUAAAAUGUUUUUUGCAUCUUAUAUAAUGCGUGUUCAGAUUUACUAAACCAGUUACAUUUUUAUUAGUAAAACGGUAUGAGCUUAGUCGGAUUUGUCAAAUAUUGCUUCUUGAUUCUUAGUAUUUACUUUGUAAAGCAAGAAUGUUAACGUGAUGAUUGUAUGCACGAUUUUUUGCUUAUCAAACAUUUUGCCAUGGCUGUAUAAAAGCUGCUCUUCAUCCGGUUGGGUCGUGUGAUCACUGCCGUCAACAGACAACCAACUGUAAACUUUGCUAUUCUUUUUCUGGUUCUAUUUCAACACUUUCAGGCUACUUGUGGCACAUUUGACAAAGAUCCGUUCUUAAUAUUGAAUUAAUAUUCAAUUGUCAUUAUACAGAACCAAAGUUUUCCUCUUCUUUUUCCUCAUUAUUUAUCUCCUUAGAAAGACAUUUAGAAUUGAAAGAAAUCAAAUGCAUGGAAACUUUUUCUAUGUCUUCUCGUAACGUGGUUCAUUGUAAACGGCUACUGAAAGUGAGUUGCUUUGUGGCCUCUUUGAUGUUUUUGUCUUCUUUAUCGUUUCAGCACAGUUUAUGAAAGGCCUAACAGCAUCUUUUGAUAGUUUUUGACGUAUAUACUGUGUUUUGUUGAGGCAUGCUGUUUUCAUUGUCAAAAAGUGGGUGGGUACGAUAUUGUUUUCUGAGUAAAAUGUACUUUUUGCAGUUUGGCUCUAAUGCAACCGGGCUUAUAAAUAAAAGUGCUUUACGAAGUGUU